AUAUAUAAUAAAGUGUGCCCAAAAACCAUGUUUGCAGUUGCAGAGUAAUCCUACUAUUCCUAGAGCCGUCUUUACUCACUUCUUUCGCUUUCAACUCUCUCUGCCUCUUCAAAUUUUCAACACCAUUUUCCCAAAAAUCAAACCUUUCUUCUUCUUUCAACUGUUUCAUCAAACAUGGAACAAAAACACCAAGAUUUCUCUUUUACAAAAUUCCCAACUCUUUCCCAGAUUAUACAAGAACUAAAACAGCUAUGGAGUUUAGCUUUACCCAUAACAGGUAUGAACUUAUUAGUCUUUUACAGAGCAGCAGUCUCCGUCUUCUUCCUGGGUCAACUCGGCCGACUCGAACUCGCCGGUGGAACACUCUCACUCGGGUUCACCAACAUAACAGGUUACUCAGUCUUAAUGGGUUUAGCCACAGGUCUAGAACCAGUCUGUAGCCAAGCUUACGGUACAAAAAACCAACCUUUAUUAGCAAUCUCUUUUCAAAGAAUGGUUCUAAUCCUAACCUUAGCAUCCAUACCCAUAACUCUAUUAUGGUUAAACCUAGAAAAAAUAAUGAUCUCAAUGGGUCAAAACAGAGAAAUAACAUCAAUGGCAGCAACAUACUGUUUUUACUCUCUCCCAGACCUUUUCACAAACAGUUUGUUACAACCGCUGAGAGUGUUCCUCCGUUCACAAGAAGCAGUUAAACCAAUGAUGUAUUGUACGAUGGCGGCGGUGUUUUUACACGCGCCGCUGAAUGUGGUGAUGGUGAAGAAGAUGGGGUUGGGGGUGGGAGGAGUGGCGGCGGCGUCGGUGAUGACAAAUUUGAACAUGGUGUUGUUGAUGGGAGGGUGGUAUUUGGGGUGGGGUGGAGGGUGGGAGAUGGUGAGGUUGUUUGGGGGUUUUAAGGAAGUUUGUAUGGGGAUUGGUGGGUUGCUUAGAUUGGCUGUACCAAGUUGUUUGGGAAUUUGUUUAGAGUGGUGGUGGUAUGAGAUUGUGACUGUAUUGGCUGGUUAUUUGGAUAAUCCAACAUUGGCUGUUGCUGCUACUGGGAUUCUUAUUCAGACUACAAGUAUGAUGUAUACUCUUCCUUUGGCUCUUUCUGGUUGUGUCUCCACUCGGGUUGGGAAUGAGCUUGGAGCUGGCAACCCUUACAAGGCCAAGCUAGCUGCCAUGGUUGCCCUAGGUUGUGCUUUCUUAAUUGGCUUCAUCAACGUGACAUGGACCGUGAUUUUGAGAGAAAGAUGGGCGGGACUUUUCACAAAGGAUGACCUUGUCAUGGCCCUGGUUGCGUCGGUUAUGCCUAUUAUGGGCCUCUGCGAGCUGGGGAAUUGCCCACAGACAACAGGCUGCGGUAUUCUCCGUGGCACUGCUAGGCCGGUUGUGGGUGCUCGGGUCAACUUAGGCUCGUUCUACUUUGUUGGUACCCCUGUGGCUGUUGGACUCGCCUUUUGGCUUAAAAUUGGCUUUCCCGGCCUAUGGUUUGGCCUCAUGUCGGCCCAACUAGCCUGCGUUGUAUCCAUUCUCUAUGUCGUGCUCCUCCAUACGGAUUGGGAGGCCGAGGCUUUGAAGGCGCAAAAAUUAGCCGGGGUGGAAAUGAGUACUAGUGCUUGCAUUGAAGAAGGGGAAACAAAGUAUGAAGAAGAUGAAGAGAGCAAAGGGCUUUUGAUUACUAAUGGAAAUGGUAAUCACAACAAGGAUGAUGUUUUUUGGACUGAAUGAACAAAUUUUGUGUUUGGUUCUCAAAAAUUUAUGGUGAACUAUUAUUAUAGGCUUAGGAAGAAGAAUGUGAUUUGUUUAUGAAAUCAAUGUUGCAUGCCACGUAGUUGUAAAAAAAGUAGGUUUGUAUUGGCUUUCCUUAUUAUAAUUUUGUGUCUUUGGUUAUAAUAAGCAAAUGUCAAAACUUUACAACUUCUCAUUGCAUAACAUCACAAUUUUUAAAGAGUGUCAUUAUGGUGCUACUCAAUGUCUUAAAGUGAAUUUGUUCAAUCUUGGUAAUUUAUUAUGGAGAAAAGUUUGUUAUGCUAUAUGGUUACUA